GACAAGACGGCGGCUCGAGCGGUGGACAGCGAUCUGGAAGCGAGCUAGUCUAGUCUUUCUUGCUCGUCCUUUUCCGACACACAGUCACACCCCUGCUCCUUCUCGCCACGGCCCCCAACCCGCCGCCGGCGACAGGGGAUCGAUCCCGCCGCCGCACGCCGGAAGAAACCUUCCUGCCCCGGUCAACGCAGUUCCGUCCAUCGGUUUCCUCGAGCGGUUUCGCCUCCGGCGUCCGUCGCACGUACCACCUCGCGGCGCCGGCAAGCUUCCCGCCGACUACAGAAGACAACUCUGCUACAGCCAGGCCCUAUGUCUACGGAAUGGGAGGGAGUAGAAUCCAAGAAGCCUCUCUUGGCGGCCGUGAACAACAGAGCUUCUUCAGUUUGGGUGGUGGUCGCUAGCACCGCCGUCGCCGUUGCUGGAUCCUUUGUGUUCGGCAUCUCGGUGGGCUACUCAUCACCAUCUCAGGAGGGCAUCAUGCGGGAUCUUCAUCUUUCCUUAGCUGAGUAUUCUGUCUUUGGCUCAAUAUUAACGAUAGGAGCUAUGCUGGGCGCUAUUGUCAGUGGUACCAUAGCAGAUCGAGUUGGUCGAAGAUGUGCAAUGGCAAUAUCAGAUGUGUUCUGCAUUCUUGGAUAUCUCCUUAUAGUCUUUUCUAAGAACUCUGUGUGGCUUGACCUUGGGAGGCUCUCAAUUGGAUGUGGAAUUGGCCUUCUUUCAUAUGUGGUCCCAGUAUAUAUAUCAGAGAUAACACCCAAGAAUCUUAGAGGACGGUUCGCAGCUGUAAACCAGCUUAUGAUAUGUUGCGGGGCAUCCCUUGCGUAUGCUCUGGGGACCUGCAUCACCUGGCGUACCUUGGCAAUCGUCGGAGUGAUACCAUGCUUACUGCAGCUGGUUGGCCUUCUUGUGAUUCCAGAAUCUCCCAGAUGGCUGGCUAAGAUCGGACACUCAGGUGCACUUGAGGAAGCGUUACAGAUGCUAAGGGGAAAAGAAACUGACAUCUCCGAAGAGGCAGCAGAUAUUAAAGAUUUCACAGAACAGCUUCAGCACCUGCCACAGUCAAAGAUGUUGGACCUAUUUCAGAAGGAUUAUAUUCAUGCUGUCACCGUUGGAGUUGGGCUAAUGGUCCUCCAACAGUUUGGUGGAGUGAAUGCAAUCUGCUUCUACGCCAGUGAGAUAUUUGUUUCGGCUGGUUUCUCGUCAGGGAACACUGGAAUGCUCGCUAUGGUUGCAGUUCAGAUUCCGAUGACGGCACUUGGGGUGCUUCUGUUGGACAAGGCUGGAAGGAGGCCACUUCUGAUGGUCUCUGCAGCUGGGACAUGCCUGGGUUGCCUACUAGUUGGCCUGUCAUUCUUGUCCAAGGAACAUCAUUGGGCGAAUAACCUCAACGUGGCGUUGGCAUUGACGGGGAUUCUGAUCUUCAGUGGAUCUUUCUCACUGGGUAUGGGAGGAAUUCCAUGGGUUAUAAUGUCAGAGAUCUUCCCCAUACACAUGAAAGGGUCAGCAGGAAGCCUGGUGACCUUGGUGAGCUGGCUCGGCUCAUGGAUCGUCUCGUAUGCCUUCAACUUCCUCCUGCUGUGGAGCUCCUACGGUACAUUUUUCAUGUUUGCGAGCAUUUGCGGUCUGACUGUUGUAUUUGUGGAGCGGCUGGUACCAGAGACUAAAGGAAGGACCCUGGAAGAGAUUCAAGCGUCCAUGAACUCGUCAUUGACGCCAGUUUCUUCUGGAAUUAACCGAGCUGCAUAAAUUAAUUACUCCCUCUGUUCCAUAAUUAUUGUCGUGGUUUUAGUUCAAAUUUGAAUUCUUGUCAUGGUUUUAAUUCAAAUUUGAACUAAAACCACGACAAUAAUUAUGCAACGAAGGGAGUACAUGGCUUGAUUUCCCUUUUUGUGUUACGUUUCAGUAUGUAUCUGGGAUUGUGAGCCUAAAUAGAAUAUUUAAACGGAUGUGGCUAAUUAAAGAAAGGAUUACGGGUAAACCGGUGGAAUAACUAAAAGAAAGAUUGUGGUCUUUAAUAAAUUCUACAUGAAGGAUUUGAGCUA